GUGUCCCGCUGCAGCGGACAGCGGCUGCGGGCGGCCACUGUAGCGCUGUGCAGGCGCGCCUCCUAGCGGGGGAGGUAGCGGUACCGGGCUACGACGACGCCCGCCAACGGCCAACGCCAACAACCCACUUGACCUCAGGUCCCGUCGACCAUCAUCGCAUCGCAUCGCAGCGUAUCGAAUCAUCGACGGGCCGCAUCAACAUCACGAUAUUACGACUGACACGAACAACAAGACCAACAAUCCAUACCUAUACUCGACUCACUACGACCGAUACCAUCUCCACCUCCUAAUCGCGAUUGCUUCAGCCUCCGAACUCCGAAGCGAUUAGCACCGCUACCUCUACCUAGCUCCGACUACCACCUCUAUCUACCUCUACAGCUAUCACCAUGUCGGCCCAAAAGUCAGCGGGUAUCCAGCUUCUUCUCGAUGCUGAGAGGGAAGCUACCAAGAUUGUUCAGAAGGCUAGAGAGUACCGCACAAAGCGCGUCCGCGAAGCGCGCGACGAAGCCAAGAAGGAGAUAGAAGCGUACAAGGCACAAAAGGAGGCCGAGUUCAAGAAGUUUGAAGCCGAGCACACACAAGGAAACCAAGCCGCCCAAGAGGAAGCCAACGCCGAAGCCGAGGCGCGGAUUCGCGAGAUCAAGGAGGCCGGCAACAAGAACCGCGAGCAGGUUAUUAAGGAUUUGUUGCAUGCCGUGUUUACCCCUUCUCCUGAGGCCAUGGCUGCUCACUAAGGGCAGUAACUGUACCUGGUUGGAACAAACAGGAAUGGAAGGUGAUGGGGCGACGAUGGGGAUGAUGUUGGAUUGGCGGAUGAUGUUGGAUUGGCCUGGGCUGGCCCGUUAUGGUAAACGACGAAAGGGGAGGCCGCGCCGUUUUUCUGUCAUGAAGGCAUGUUAGGUUGUUAGACGGAGAUUAUGAAGUUGAGUUUGUGAUUUGGUAUCACUAUCCUACGGUUAUGGUUACGUGGUUUGCGUUUAAGGGUUCGAAUUAGACCAGACCAUGUCUCAAAGUACUAUAGACAACUGGAAUCGCCAAAAUCCACAGUUUUCAAUAACCAAAGGACAAGGUCUGUAAAGCCCGGACAGCGCAACCUGGUAGUAUGAAAGAGCCUAGCCUAGCUCAAUGGUAUCUU